CGGAUUCUGGCAGGGGCUGUGCUUUUCAGUCGGCCCUGCCCCCACUCACCCACCCUGCACACAAAAGCAGCAUAAUUAACUGUCUCGAGGCAGCCGAGCCUCCGCCAGCUGCGAGCUGGCGAGGAGAAGACACCUCGGAGGCACGGUCCGCGGCGGCCGCAGGGACCUCGAGCGCGGCCGGCCGAGGGGCCGCCGCCCGCUCGCUGCAGCCGUCCCCCACCUCCGGACGAAAGCGCCCAUCUGCGCCGCCCCGUUGCUCGGGUGACCUUCCCCGGGUGCGGAGUCCGCCCCUGCGCGCGUCCUCCUCGGAUGCUCUGAAGGCCCGCGGACUGCGCUCCGAAGGCGAGGGGUGUCCGGCUGCCUCCGCGCCGGGCUCGCCUUUGUUUGCGCGCAACCGGCGGAGGCCUCCGAGGGUUCAUCUCUGCUUCACGUCAGCGCCUCUCCUCGGUUCUCAUGGGGACCACUGAAGCCACGCUCCGGAUGGAAAACGUGGAUGUGAAGGAAGAAUGGCAGGACGAGGGUCUUCCCAGGCCACUCCCAGAAGAGACAGGGAUGGACCCUCUCGGCAGCCCCACGGAAGACCCGUCCCCCCCUCCCAACACGUUGAACUUCAACGGAGCUCAUCGGAAGCGGAAGACGCUGGUCGCCCCGGAGAUCAACAUCUCCCUGGACCAGAGCGAGGGCUCGCUGCUGUCCGACGACUUCCUGGACACCCCUGACGACCUGGACAUCAACGUGGACGACAUCGAGACCCCCGACGAGACUGACUCACUGGAGUUUCUGGGGAAUGGCAACGAGCUGGAGUGGGAAGAUGACACCCCCGUGGCUGCCGCCAAGAACAUGCCCGGGGACAGCGCAGACCUGUUUGGGGACGGUGCCGCGGAGGACGGCAGUGCCGCCAAUGGGCGCCUGUGGAGGACAGUGAUCAUCGGAGAGCAGGAGCACCGAAUCGACCUGCACAUGAUCCGGCCCUACAUGAGGGUAGUGACCCACGGAGGGUACUACGGCGAAGGUCUCAACGCCAUCAUCGUGUUUGCCGCCUGCUUCCUCCCGGACAGCAGCUCCCCCGACUACCACUACAUCAUGGAGAACCUCUUCCUGUACGUCAUCAGCAGCCUGGAGCUGCUGGUGGCCGAAGAUUACAUGAUCGUCUACCUGAACGGCGCCACGCCCCGCCGCAGGAUGCCUGGCAUCGGCUGGCUGAAGAAGUGUUACCAGAUGAUCGACAGGAGAUUGCGGAAAAACCUGAAGUCGCUCAUCAUCGUGCACCCGUCCUGGUUCAUCCGCACCGUGCUGGCCAUCUCCCGCCCCUUCAUCAGCGUCAAAUUCAUCAACAAGAUCCAGUACGUGCACAGCCUAGAAGACCUGGAACAGCUCAUCCCCAUGGAACACGUGCAAAUCCCGGAGUGCGUGCUACAGUACGAGGAGGAGAGGCUCAAGGCCAGGAGAGAGAGCGCCAGGCCGCCGCCAGAGUUCGUCCUGCCUAGGGCCGAGGAGAAGCCAGAGGCCGCUUCGGCAGAGGACAGGUCUGCUCCGGGCACAGAAGACCAGGAGACAAGCCUGUCCUGAGGUGACAAGAACACAGAGAAGGACAAGAAAGAAGAUUCCAGAUGCCGAGAAACCUCUGUCAGACGCCCUCUGGCCCUGGACCUCAUCCCCGUCCCGCGCCCCGUCCUGGGAGCAUGUCCGGCUCCUCCGCCCAUCUCUGAAACCCAGCCUCCUUUUUAGCUGCUUGAAAUUUUUUUUUUUUUUUUUUAAAAACAACGCAGUAUUCGUGUGUUCCAGAAAAGGACCUGGCUCUCAGCCCUCCGCCCUUCCACGCCCGUGAGCUCACAGCCGAGGGCAAGCAGCUCAGGGCGCAGCCUGGGUGUCCUGGACGGCUUCAGAGUCCCCUUCCACUGCACACAGUCCCGACUCGAGACCCUUCUCUUGCUUGUCAGCGGGCCCAUGUUGGAGCCACCGAUGCCCACCAGCUCCCUGGCCGGAUCUGGACUUGUUCUUGUGCCUUUUCUCCUAGAACAGCCCCUGCCACUCUGGGCAUCAGGCUUGGAAGCUCCGCCCCCAGCAGUGCCGUGCCCCAGGGACCUCCUGUCAUUCCACCUCGUGGGUUUUCAUCUGACCGGCUCCCCCCCUCCGUCUCGUACAGCACUCCCCUUCUUUGGGAGCAUCAGAGCCUGUCGCAGCAAUGAGCUGCCAGUAAUUACCGCCCCUCCCUUUCUAGAACAUUCUCAAGCCCGUCUAACAUGGGUGCCACACCCCAGGGCAGUCCUGGUCAAUACCUCCUACUGAGAGAGUGGUGUCCCCACUUGCCUGGUUCCCCCCAGUGCAGGGUUGGGACGCAUCCCUCAGGCUCCCGUCGAGGGCAGUGGGCUCUGAACUGCAGGAAGGAAGAUACAGGGUAUUAGAGGUUUGGGUAGUUGGAAGUGCACUUGGGAAAGGAAGUCCCUGUGGCCUGGAAGCUCUGGGGACUCACGUCAAAGGAGGACAAUUCACCUUGGACAAAAGACUUUUCUGACGCAGCCCAAACAGCGGUCAGGCGGCUGCUUGAGGUAGUGAGUUCCCCAUCCGUGGAGGCAUUUAAGAUGAGGGUGGGAAGUGCUUGCAAACUGUGGUCCUGUGCAGUCGCCUCCGAUCUUUGAGUCUCUAUUUAUAUAAAUCUCAGUGAUAGUCGACGGGGAACCUUCUCCGGGCCCCUCCUGGCUCUGUAGCCGGCUUCUUAGCAGCCAAGAUUGUGCUGAGUGUGAGGUUCUCGGCCUCAGUGGCCAACUCAAAUGCUUCUCGACCUGGGACGCUGGUGUUUGGGAGUAAUUCCAAGGACGGGAGGGAGCCAGUGGUGUUUGGUGCUGAGGGAAAAGAAUGCCUAGCGUUUUGCUGCGCGGGAGAGGGUCCUGCCCUGCGCAUCCAGGAACUGACCCAUCGCGAACCCCAGGGAACACUGGGGAACUGCCCCCCGCAUUGGAAAAUGCUGAGUUUCUGGGCGAGAUUAGGCCUGCAUCUUCUGGGUCACAGCCCUGCCCGCGGAAGGUGGGGAUGCUGGGGGCCUGAGUUGGGGGGCAGGAUUAAAUGUGUGUUUCUGCCAUGUGUCCCGACCAGAGGACAGGACCACGUUCCAGGCCCAGGGGUGUCACCCGCAGCCCGAGGCAGCAGAGACUGGCGGGGGCUCUCCAGGCUGCCCUGAGAGAGGCCCCCACCGCCUGUCUGCCUGUGGCCCGGCCCAGACCUGGGCCUGGUGGCUGUCCCUCCCCAGAUCAACACGUGCUGGAGCCCGGCUGCACGCUAAGCGACAGGAACUGAGGCGUCCCACCCCGUGCCGCGGUAACCCAGCACCCAGGGAGGCGACAGAAGGACAGGAAGCGGCAGACCCCAGCCCCCCACACCCAUCCCAGAGGAGCCUGCGGCCGCGCACAAAACCACUGCGUGGCCGGCCCGCUGCCCCUCCGGACCACCAGCAGCCACAGACGAAGGGCAAGUGGGACCCAGGACCCCAGCUCAGCCGCGGCAGCCCCUCUGGGAUCAAGAGAGACGCCGGGGUGGGGGGGGACUGUCCCCAGGCUCGAGAAGUCUCAGCACACAGCUCCAUGCAGACCGGGGCCACCGCGUCCGGGCCGCCUGCUGCCCACGUGUCAGAAGUGGCUUUGCAAGCGGCGAUUGUCUCCGGGGAGGUCGUGGUCAAAACACCAGCGGACCCCGGACCUCGUCGGAAAGGGACGCCGGUUUUCCUCCCAGGACGCAUGGGAUGCAUCCUAAGUCGUGGGUCACACGCCCAUGACGACGGCCAGUUUUGUGGUUUUUAGAAACGAUCCGUUAUGAUUACUGUCGUGAUGUUCAAACGUCAUCUCCAUGAGCUUCGGGGAUUUUUAUGUGGAAAUAAAGAGGGGAUAACU